AUGGCGGACGUCGAUGUCGAGAAGAUGGGCCCAAGCAAUAAUGGUCCUACCAGUCGCGCCGGUUUGGCCGACGAGGCUUUGAACAGUAGUAAUGAGGAGCUGGCCAUGUACAAAGGCCAAGUGGACCCCGUCUACGAAGCCAAGGCGCGAGUGCUUAAUAAGGCGAUCCAGGACAUUGGCAUGGGAAAAUACCAGUGGCAGCUCUUUCUCGUCGUGGGAUUCGGCUGGGCCUCGGACAACCUCUGGCCCAUCGUUACAUCGCUUAUCCUCACCCCCAUCAGCAAUGAGUUUCACCCGGACAAGGUGCCGUUCCUGAGCCUCGCCCAGAACAUCGGCCUCUUGGCCGGCGCCAUCUUCUGGGGGUUCGGCUGCGACAUCUUCGGGCGCAAGUGGGCGUUCAACCUGACGCUCGGCCUGGCGGCGUUCUGGGGCAUGAUCGCAGGCUCGGCGCCCAACUUUGCGGCGAUCGGCUCCUUCGCGGCGCUGUGGUCCUUCGGCGUCGGCGGGAACCUGCCUGUGGACUCGGCCAUCUUCCUCGAGUUCCUGCCAGGGUCGCACCAGUACCUGCUGACGAUCCUGUCGGUCGACUGGGCUCUCGCGCAGCUGAUCGCGACCCUCGUCGCCUGGCCGCUGCUGGGCUUCCGCACCUGCCAGCAGAAGGACCCCGACUGCACCUACUCCAAGAACAUCGGAUGGCGCUACUUCAUUGUCACCAUGGGCGCCAUUACCCUGCUCAUGUUCAUCAUCCGGUUUGUUUGCUUCAAGAUUUACGAGUCCCCCAAGUACCUCAUGGGCAAGGGCCGAGACGAAGACGCCAUCCGCAUCGUGCACGAGGUCGCAAGACGGAAUGGGAAGACGACACAGUUGACCAUCGAAGACCUGAAGGUCUGUGAGCCGGAAGGAUACGUCCAGCGGGCUCAAGCUAGCGACGCCAUCAAGCGGAAGUUGGAGGCUAUGAGUUCCGAGCACGUCCGCUCCCUCUUCGCCACAGGGAAGCUGGCCUGGAGCACAAGUUGCCUGAUGUUGAUCUGGGCAUUUAUUGGUCUUGGAUACCCGCUCUACAACGCCUUCCUCCCCUACAUCCAAGCGACCCGUGGGGCCGACUUUGGCGACGGGUCGACGUACCUGACGUACCGCAACUCGCUGAUCAUCGCGUCGCUGGGCGUACCGGGCGCCAUCAUCGGCGGCGUGCUGGUCGAGGUCCGGGGGCUCGGCCGGAAGGGCACGCUGGCUCUGAGCACGGUGCUCACGGGCGUCUUCCUUUACUGCUCGACAACGGCGACGAGCUCGCAGUCGCUGCUGGGCUGGAACUGUGCUUACAACUUCACCAGCAACGUUAUGUACGCCGUGCUGUACGCCUUCACGCCCGAGCUGUUCCCAACCAAGGACCGCGGCACGGGCAACGCGCUGACGGCGACGGCGAACCGCGUCUUUGGCAUUAUGGCCCCUAUUGUUGCGAUGUUUGCCAAUCUCGAGACGGCCGCACCCGUCUAUGUCAGUGGGGCUUUGUUUAUUGCCGCUGGCGUUCUGGUCUUGGCCCUGCCGUUUGAAUCACGCGGCAAGGCAAGUUUGUAG